ACCGGUGUCUCUCCCUGUCCCAAAUGCAGGCACCUCUUUUCUCCGACCUCAUCCGCUCUUUCCUAAAGCUAGACACCCAUCUCUUAUUUUUUGGUGGAGUUUGAGGCCUCUGCGAGGAGAAGCAAUAUACAACGAACUGAAAAGUACUACAUCUUACAUUCUGAACCUUUUGGAACUCUCUAGAACCUUCCAGAACCUUGAAGAACGUUAGAAUUUUCUGAUCCCUGUUGACGUCUACUAGGAGCCACCUGAGGAACUGAAGCAACUUUUUCGCUUUUCUCCGACUAGUCUGUUGUCUCUACUGGUCUGAACUGGUUUUUGUGGUUUGUACUGGUCUGAACUGGUCUGUAGUGGUCAAGAUGCGACGGUUAGAGCUAAAGGCCCUCUGUGCAGCAUUGCUGGUCUUUGCAGUGUUGAGCGCCACUUCCUGUCAGUCGGACUCUUCAGACUGCUCCCAGGCUGAGUCAUGUGACCUGUGUGUUGGAGACUCCACCCUCAACCUGACUGGCUGUGUCUGGAGGGUCUGCGUGAACAGCAAUGAUACUGGGUGUGUGUCCUAUCAGGAUGAUUCUCAGAACUGUAAUGUGACAAGUGACCCAGACAUGUGUACAGUCAUAGAGAUUGAGGCAGAAGGUAAAGGGGACUCAGAUGGAUCUCCUGCAGAGCCGUCAGAGUUCUCUCAGGCCAGCUUUGACCUGUCCAGUUUCAUUGGAGGCAUCAUCCUGGUGUUGUGUGUCCAGGCCGGGGGCUUCUUCACCAUGCGCUUCCUCAAGAAAGAUGCCACCUACGACCCUAUAGAGCAGCCAGCCUAGAGGAGAGAGAGAAGAGGAGGACAGUGAAGGAUGAAAGAUCGAGGGUGCUGUGACUCACCAUGCUGUCACGAUGCUUUGUAUGACGUCAUGUACCAUACUCCAGUGUCUGUGCUUGUGUUGUACUUGUCUGUGUGUCCCAGAUGUGCACCUGUGUACAUUGUUUUGUUUGACGGAUUGUUCAUUAUGUUGUGUAACUCCUGUUUCUCUGUGUGUGUGUGUGCAUGCGCAUGUGUGUGUGUGUGUGUGUGUGUGUGUGUUCUCUUCGUCCCAUCAGGUGGCCUUUCCCUGAUGCCUGUGUGUCUAUUUCUAUUUUCAUAGUCUGAUGUGUUUCACCUGGAUCUAAUAUGAGUGCAAUAUUUACAUUGGGGGUUCAGGUUCCAUGUGUAAUGAAUGUGUAAUGAUUUGAAUUGUGUUUAAAUAUGUUCAGGAGUUAGUUUUGUUGAACUGGUUUGGUUUGAGCUGCAUUCAGGAGGGAGGGGUCUGGGAUCUGUUCUGUGUUGUUUAUGAAAAUAAACACAAUACAAAACAAA